CGGAAAUCUCGUUUUCGGAAGCGGACAAUUUUCAAACGCGUCGAUGGAAAUUAACGUUCGCAGUCUGAAUCUUAAUUUAGUGCUUCCACCUUCAUACGCGAUAAUCGUUCCAUUAUGACGUAUAAUUAUGCGAAACUUUGUAUUUCUGUUAUUAAACCGAUACUUAAGCCAUUGCAAACGGUAUCAUUAAGAACGCCUAAUCAGAGACAAACGUUUUAUUUAAUGAUGGAUUCAAUUCCAAUGAACUAUUAUCAGUUUCCUAGUUUGGGUGAAACGUAGACUAUAAAUGCCACGAAUUUUUAACGACACGACACAGUCCAUUUUCAGUCAGUUCGUGAAUAUUCAACAUGAGAGUUUGCCUGUUUCCUAUUUGUUUCCUACUCGUCCGGUUCGUACUCGUCCACGGUUCCGCCGAUCCGGAGGACUUUCGGAAAAUGACGGCUGUUUUCAGAAAAAAAUGCUUGGCAGAAAUUAAAAUUCCCGUCGAGAUGGUCGAGGACUCGGAAUACGGAGAGUUUCCUGAGGAUGAACGUCUGAAAUGUUACUUCAGUUGUGCACUCCAGAAAUCUAGCAUGAUGGACAAGAAGGGUAAUAUAAAGUACAAUCAAUUGAAACUGAUAAUCCCAGAAGCUUACAAGGAAGUGGGUAACGAAAUGAUCGAUAGCUGUAUCCAUAUCGAUUCCAAGGACAAAUGCCAGAAAGCGUUUGACUUCAUGAAAUGCAUGUACAACGUCAAUCCCAUGGUGAGUAAAAUAAAAUUGAUUCUGCGAGAAAUAAACGGUGAAGAUAAUGGAUAUUUUUCACAGGCAUUUGUGGCUCCCUGAUUUGCGACACACGAACAGUCCUUCCGCCACUGCGUUCCAAUUAUGAUAACGCAAUAUUAAAUACUUCUUUAAUAAAGAGAUAUUUAUGAAAAUGUC